GGUUUGCAAUGUGCCUCAUUCGAUCGACUGUUGGUUGAAAAUUUGCUGAAGGACUACAAUACGGAUGUGAGACCAGUUGAGAAUACGUCACAAGUACUCGAGAUUUCACUGGGCCUUCAGCCAUAUAGAUUGCUCAGAGUGGUAAGCGCGAAAUUCUUUUUUGCUGUUUCUGUCGUUUUGUUUGUCAUGAUCACUAAUGCAAUUAGAGGCGCCGUUCUUCAAACACCCCUUUCACUAAUUGCAUCAGUGCUUCCCUUCCGAUAGUUGAGAGAAAAUAUCAGGAAAUAAAGUAAGAAGAAACAGAAAUGAUGGUUUCUUAGACUAGAUAUUGUGAAAUCUAGCGAGGUCAACGCAAGAUAUACCUUGAUUCUAAGUUAUUCCGAAAAGAUACAAAUUGUGCCUCGUGCCAGAUAACGUUUAAGGCUCGAUUAAAGACUUCCUUGUUGUUUUGUGAGUGGCAAAUGUUCAUAGUAAGGAUGGUACAAACCCAUUCCUGUCCUCUGUGCAUAUAGUGACCCCUUCCCGCCCCGCUUUUUGCCAAAUUUUAAAUAAGCGCCCGGGCGCUUAUUUGAGGAAUACGGCAUCCUUCUUUAGCUUCUGUUAAAAGAGUUUUGAUGUGUUUUGAAUUUUCCCAGUUAUGUGAAAUUCGUCUUCAUUCAUUGUCUUUCCAGGAUGAGGUUGAGCAGCUUGCGCGGAUGAGCCUUUGGCUUAGACUGGUCAGUGGGUGCUCUUUAUUUUAAUUAUAUGACAAGCUGAAUGAGAAAAUAAUGGGAAGUUAUUUUCUCUAACUUGUUCCUGCUCAUGAUCUUUUUGAGGCUGACACAUAAAUGAAGACACCAUGAACAUUAUUCUGCUUGUUUGAUUUUAUUCUAUGAAAUAAGUAGAUAUUAUGUUGGCGAGGGUCUCCACAGUAUUAGAUCAUUCACAGAGGAAGUGAAAAUGCACUAGAAACAUCAGUGACACACUCGGCUACGCCUCAGUGCCAAUUUUUUUAUUUCUACCACAUUUUGACAUGGAAUAUGUUUGUGUAACUCGUUACAUAACUAGUGUUGUCUGUCUCUUUGUCCAAAUUGUCUCCGUCCUUCUUUCUGAACUGUCUGUCAGUUUUUUUGUAGUUUGACUCCUUGGCCUAUCCGCCUACCCCUUCUUCUAUAUGAUAAUCCGUUUUAUCAUACGCUUGUCUGUGCAUGUGUCUGUCUGUCUUUUUUUUCCAUGGAGUAAUCAACAAUUAAAAAUCUAUCUUUGCUGGCAUAUUGUUCGGAACAUACUAUUUGCACGCUUUGCAGACCUGGCAAGAUCGGUCCUUGAUUUGGAGUCCUUCGCAGUAUGGAAACCUGACGCGUAUUAACUUACCAGUAGAUACGAUCUGGACACCACCCGUAGGACUAUUAAACUCGUGAGUAAAAACACUUGUUUCUUCAUUGUCCAUUACUAAGUUUGGAAAACUCAAAAUUAUUACAAUGUUUGGGAGAGGCGAGGACAAAACGAAUACAGUGCUGUAUUCUGGGUCGAGAUGUCCAGGUGCGAAACCUGGCCCGGUCAUAGCGUUUUGUUCUUGGAUAAGACACUUGACUCUCGUAUUCCCUAAAUCCAACAAGGCGUAUGAAUGGCUAUCAGCGAACUAUCAGGGAAGCCUCCUAAAGUGCUGGUGGGGGGGAUCUUUGAAGAAUUAGCACCCAUCCAAGUAGAGGUAAAGUCUGUGCUCAAGCCGGAGCUUAAUAUGCCAGUUUCUAUAGCAUUAAGUGACAAGGAGUAUCACCACUCCCCCCUGUAUGGGAUGCCAGUUCAUCCCAAGGUUACCCUCAGGCACUUCAUCAGGCUUUCCUGACAAUUUUUCAGUACUCCUGGAUGGAGAGAUACACUGUGAGUAUACAGCACAAUGACCCGGCCAGGCCACGAACCCAGACUUCUCGACCUGGAGUCUAGCGCACUUACCAUGAGACCGUCCCCCACAGCUUCUAUCCAGGGGGGGUAAGCAAUAUUCCUGAUCGCGUCUUUCUGCGGUUUCCGGAGGAGGGGAGUUGGGGAAUAAGCUCCGGCCAGAGGUGCUUCUUACCUAGAUUGUUGUCUUUACCCACCUUUCAAACAAUUUACUUACAGGCUUGAGUCACGUUUUGCCCCGCUUUUUGAAAGUUCUGACGAUGGUCUGAACGUCUUAGCCGAGAUUCGAUAUGACGGCCAAAUCAAAAUAGCCGUGCCGACAAUCCUCAGUAUCUCGUGCCUAAUGGACAUGACCAUGUAUCCGUUUGAUAUUCAAAGAUGCAACCCUAAAUUCGGUGAGUCCACGUUCAGCUGAACUCCUUCGUUUUCUUGCUUCUCGCUAAAAUGAUUUUAAGAUUUCACAUUCUUGCUCCUUGCAAACACGAUUUUAAGACUGGUAAACAAACAUUCAGGAACACGAUAAUUUGUUUUUCUAAACUGAGUUGAUAGUGGCCACCGUAAGGAGCCUUAGCCUCUUACCCUUCUCUCCACCAACGCAGCUUAUCUUUAGAUACUUGCCCCCCUUUUAUUCAGGAACAUGGGCGUACACGAACAAGGAUCUGAAGUUCUCAGCAGAUGUCAAAUCAUCAAUACUGGCCGAGUCAAAGGAGGCUUUUGCGUCCUCAGCUGGUUGGUCAGUUAUGGAAUACCGCGGUAAACAACCUCUUUUUACAGUUGAAUUUGACAAGUUUUGUUUCUUAUGAUUCCCAUGACAACUUAACCAAGCAACAUGGCUAACUGAAAACGUCCUUAAGCCCUAAACAUGGAAAUGAAGAGUGACCGAUUCGAGAAGGUCUCUUUUGGUUAUUUAAGCCUUUCAAGAUAUCAUCCAUAUGUUUUAAGUGCAAUAGGAAAUCAUAUUCUGAGCUGCAUCGGCUCAAAUUGCUCAAUCAAAGGAGAUGUACUUUGAUUUACCAAAAAUAAUAUGUGACUUCCUUUCUCUAUUCAACUAAGCCAGAUGUUCGAGCAAAAGUCAACUUUCCUUCACCCUUCUGAGUUUUAGCAAAACUUUAUCAGCGAGAAUAUGUUAAUGCGGAAAGGUUUUAUGGAACUCAGUUAAGAAACAACUGAACGCAUGAGACCGCGGACGCCCUGGCGAAUUACAUAUGACUACCGAAAUUUACAACUUAACAAAGGAAAUCUCAAAACAAAGAUCUCUCAACACAAAAUGCUUUCCCUUAACGGACAUACUUAAUAACAAGUUUUGCAAAUAAAUUUACGAGGAUAAACGUCCCUUUGUAAACAGCUGUUGACCAGCAUGACAACGACACUAACACAAGUCCUUCCGUGACAUUCACCAUGCAGCUAAGACGUCACACAACGUAUUACAUUGUGAUCCUAUUUUUGCCGUGUUUAUCGAAUGCAAUGCUGACACUUCUCGUUUUCCUCCUUCCGACGGAGACUGGGGAGAGAAUUGGUGUUGGUAUCAACACUCUCUUCAUCAUGUGGGUCAAUUAUUUAAGGGUAAGUAUGACGUAGUGCGGGGAAGGCUGUAACGUGGACUCUGGUGUAAGGGAACUGGGUUUUUAGGGACCUGUCAUUAAUUAUCCCAGAGGGAUGGGGGUCGGGAGAUUUUUGGGAGGAUUACACGGUUUUUAGGGUAAACAGAGGGGGGAUCAGAGAAGAGUAUAAAUGGGGGAUUGAAGAAAAUUGACUGCCAAUUAACUGCCAGUUGGGGGUUGGGAUCACAAGGAAAUUACAGAGUCUUCUGGGGGUAUCAGCGAUAAAAAAAUGACUGACUCCUUAAGUUCAGUCCUGGACGAUUAUUGCUUGUAAUUUCUAUGCUAUUUUCAACAGUUUUUAGCAGUUUUUAGAGUAUUUUUGUUUUAAUAGGUACUAUCUUUUAGAUAUUUUUAUAAUAAUUUCCUAUUUCUUAGUUUUUAAUUCCUAAUCAGCUGGACCUUGUUGAUAACAGUACUUUUGUAUUGAAGGCUUAUCCUGGAUAAAUAUUUCGAUGAUUAUUAUUACGAUUAUUAUGAUGAUGAUGAUGAUGAUGAUGAUGAUGAUGAUGAUUAUUAUUAUUAUUAUCAUUAUAAUCAAUGAGUCUAACGACUGUGUUUUUGAGCAAAGCAAAAAUCUUUACCCUGGCAGUGCCUCUUUCCACCCAGGAAUAGAACUAGUUACCAGAGCUAACUCAGGAGACCUGAGGUCUAAAUUUUAUCUUGGGCGAUUAAGUUAUUAAAAGUAUCUAUCUUUAAAUGGAUUCCCUUUUUUUUUAUCUAUUUAGGCAUUAAAUAGGAUGCCUAAGAGUCCAGAUCUGCCUGUUUUCUGCAAGUUUUCUUACUUUGUAAUGUUCGAGUGCGUUUGUGCUAUCGCUGUUUCCUGUCUCCUCAUUUCCCUCUAUCACAUGAAUGUUCAUAUAGAAAUGCCUGAUUGGGUCAAGGUAAGAUGCCAAAGAUAAUUUUUUCCCUUUUGCAGUUUCUACAAAAACUUUAUUUAUGGUGAUCUCUUUGAUCUGAUUCGCAGUUAUAAAGACUAUUAGCCCAUUCACACCAAAGCUUAAAUAUGUUUUAUGGCUGUUUUGUUAAAGACAGUUGAAUAUUAUUUUCUUCAUAGUAGCUGCUUUAACCGAUGUUUAUCGACUUAAAAUUUAGCACUUUUAAAAUAAAAAGUCUGUGAAUACUUCAAACUAAUGGAAAAUUCAGUUUUUUUCAUUCAGUUAAACCUGGUUUAACUAAACGAGUUUUGCUGGUGUGAAUGGAAUAUGUGUUAUUAUCACAUAUUGCAGACCCACAUACUAGACAGAUUGGCGUGGCUGGUAUUCUUACGAUCUUCUGUGAAACGUCGCCAAAGGACGGUAGAGAAAUUUAGAAAGGAAGGUAUGCUUGCCUAUCCCAAUCAUGAUUUUGGAAAACACACGAUUGUACUUUUAUGAAAACCGUGCAUAGCACAAAGCAUAAAAAUCUAAUCCAGAGUCGUAGCUAGGGAGGGGGCCCUUGAGGUACCUGUGUCCCCUCUGCUUUGUGAGAUUAUUUUUUCCCUUUUUUAAGUCAGCAACAGACAGAUCUUAUAACUCAAAUGGGGAAACGCGUGAAUACGAGCCCACCAACACACAAGCUAAAGCAGCGGGAUAAACCAUUCACGCAAGCUGAGCGUAAAUUCGUUUCCACGCCCGUUCAGCUGCGAGAUCAUGCUACGAUCAAUUCGAAGUUUCUAUGGAAUCUAAGUGAUUUUGCUUUGUUUUCAGCCGAACAGUUCCGCUCAAGGUUUGGAGGCAGUACUUACCAUAAGAUAACAAUAGGACUGAAUCUGUUCGUUGACAACUCGCUCAAGGAGUUUGAGACAUUUUGGCGACGAGAAGAAUGGCGCCUUGUCUCACUUGUCUUGGAAAGAUUUUUUACUUAUUUCUUUUUGUUUACAGUUCUUAUUUCUUUUUUUGUUUUUGCUGCAACUGUGUGGUAA